AACAUGUUAGUCAUCCCUGGAAACGACAGACGCGAGGCGACAUGACGUUUUGUCGGUGACGCGACAACUUUCUGAUAUCGAACCGUAUCCACCGAUCAAGUAUUCUUUUACGUAUUGCGUUGAAGUAUCCUAGUUAUUGUUCGACGUUCAGUACUCUGAAAAUCAAUCAAAAAGUAAAAAGGGUGGCCAAAGUGAAAGUGACACGGUUGGAAAAGCGUCGCAGACAUUGCAUGUUCGCGAACUCUAUAUGACACAUAUCGCAUUGCGAAUUGUAUUGCGAGGGAUACAAAACUUAUGAAUUCAAAGUCGCGUGAUAAUACUAUUCUUACAAAAAUCAAGCAGAUGACUGUAUAUUACUUUAUAAAAUAAUUUUUCGUUGAUGUUAGACGUGUUUUUAUUUCAGUAUAUCAUCACGUUCUUUGUAAAAAGAUAUUAAUUCGCGAUAUAGCGACGUAUUUAUUUAUUGUUAAAAACAAUAUUGCAAAAAACAAAAAAGAUGGAUGAAACGAGGAAUUACAUAAACUUAGUAUUAACAGUUAAAAAAUAUCCAGCGUUGUAUGAUCUCAGCUGUAAUGACUACCAUAACAGAGUUGUACGAAAUAAAAUGUGGAGAGCAGUGGCACAAGAGGUGAACGCUUCUGCAGCGGAAUGCAAGGAGAAAUGGAAAAAUCUUCGGGCUAGUUUCAGUAGACAUUUAAGAAAUCAAAGUACGGCGAAUUCGAAAGUGAAGAGGCCGUAUUACAUGGCCGAUUAUAUGGACUUUUUACUUCCUUACAGCAAACUUCGUAGGCCAGAUGACAGUUUGAAUGAAGAAGGACCAAUAGUGCAAGAGAAUUGGAACGAAGAGGAAACCGCCUCUGACACAUCCUCCAAUUAUGAAAAAUUAAACAAAUCAGACCAAAAGAUGCCAGAGCCAGAAAGAGAGGGAGACACGAGGAACGAAGAAUACGCGUUCUCGAGGAGUAAAACAAUCAGGGUUACAGACGACCAAUUGUUGUCACACAGAUGCUUGGAUAAUUGUGUUCUCGCCAAUCGUCGAGACUUCGACGAAUCGAUCAACGACUCAGACUUGUUGUUCUUUAAAAGCUUGCUUCCAGACGUACGACAAAUGACGAGACAAGAGAAGAGAAGCUUUAAAAUAUCUGUAUUGAAUUUGAUCGAUAAGAUAUUAAACGAAAAGGAAUCGGGAAUGUCAAUCGAAAACGAUAUUUCUUGCUCGAUAGUGAAAAAUCAACAAGACGAAAGAGUUGAUCAAUUUUAAAUCAAAAGUUUUUAUAAAAGUUUGUAAUUAUUAUAAAUGAACGCAGAAUACUACAACGACUGAUAAAUUAUAUGUAUAUACAUACAUAUAUAUGCGAAAUUAAACACACGCAUCACACAUAUGUAUAUACACACAUAAACUUUAUAUAUAAAGAAUUAGGAAAUGUUAUUAGCACAAUUUACGUGGGAAACUUAUAUUCUAAAAUAAUUUGUAAUUUAUUAUAGUAUUAAUAUACUAUCAUUAAUAAGAAUUAAUAAAGUCAUAUAUAUUAUUAAAAUUAUGUACAGCAAUAAAAGACAAUUAAAAACAAAGUAUAGUCGGAUCUACACAAUUUCAUGAUUGGAUUUGGAAAAGGGAUCCUUCCCCUUCUCCUUUCUUCAGCUUGUUUUCGCAGCGUAGAAUAAAAAUACAUAUUUGCACAACCAAAGUAUUAUCUUGACGUGGUUGAGAAUCACUG